GACACGUACGUCCUGACGCGCCGUGGAGGACCGGGGCGCACUUUACGCAGCGCCGCCAAACCCAAAACAACACGGUUCGGACACAGAAACGAGCUCAGGUUUUGUUUUUUUUUUGCUCCAAACGCAGCGCGCGGGGUCUGAAGAGGUUUUUACCAAAUCAUCUCCUGGAAGCUGUUGACCAAUCACCUGCCGCCUUGUGAACGUACUGACCAAUCACGUGCAGCGGGCGUCAACGAACCGACCAAUCACCUGCCUUCUGUGUCCGCUCAUCGGCCAAUCACAUUUGCUUUGUAACUGGCACAACUUGGAGCUCGAAACCUGAAUUUUUCAAACAAUUUAGAAUAUUUUUGGGGGAAUUUUUACCUUUUAAUUUAUAUAUUUUUAUUUAUUGAUUUAUUGUCCUGUUCAUGCGUUAAUGUCUCAAGUUUAUUCCAUCGACCGGCGGGAAAGAAUUUACAACUUUAAAAUAUUUUUGAAAAGAAAAAACGUGAAUGGCGACGUUACUUUUUUCAUUUUUUGACUUCCUGUGUUGUCUAAAAAUUUUGAAUUAAUAUAUUUUUUUCAGGACUUUUUUCCCCAGACAUUCUUUUGUAUAGUUUUUCAAAAUGGCCGCCCAGGACUUGAUACAGGACGACGGCGACGUGCGCAUUCACGUCGAAGCUAACGUCACUACAGUGGACUCUUCUCCGCACUCCCCAGCGCACCUCGCUAACGGCACCGCGGACGCUAAUGCUAACACCGUGAAACCGGAGGAAAACGCCGAAGACGACAGUAAACUCUGCCGCUUUUUGAAAGAAAAACGCCUCAUUCAAACUUUGAGCAAAGGACUCAGGCGACACUGCGAUUACGUUAAAAUCACGAUACCGGAGGAUCGCGGGAAACGUCUCCCGAAGGAGUGGUGGAAAACGGGGAUAGCGUUUAUGUACGCCGUGUUCAACCUGGUGUUCACGACCGUGGUGAUUACCGUGGUUCAUGAGAGGGUCCCCGAUAAGUCCCUGAACCCGCCGCUGCCCGAUAAGUUCUUUGACUACAUCGACCGCGUGACGUGGGCGUUCACCGUGACCGAGGUCAACGGCCUCAUCCUGGUGGGACUGUGGCUGCUGCAGUGGGUCUUCCUCAAGCACAAGGCGAUCGUGGGCCGCCGUUGCUUCUUCCUGAUCGGGACCCUGUACAUGUACCGCUGCAUCACCAUGUACGUCACCACUCUGCCCGUGCCAGGCAAACACAUGGUCUGCGCGCCCAAGCUUUACAACGACUCCACGGGGAAGAUAUGGAGGAUUCUGCGACUGAUUUCGGGAGGAGGUUUGUCGAUGACGGGCUCUCACUUGAUGUGUGGAGAUUUCCUGUACAGUGGACACACUGUGAUGCUCACUCUGUCCUACCUCUUCAUCAAAGAGUACUCCCCUCGCUGGAUGUGGUGGUACCACUGGGCGUGUUGGAUCCUGAGUGCGUCCGGCGUCGUGUGCAUCCUGGUGGGACACGAGCACUACAGCGUGGACGUGGUGGUGGCGUACUACAUCACCACACGGCUCUUCUGGUGGUACCACACUAUGGCCAACACGCACUCGCUGCGUCGAGCCCAGAACAACCUUCUGUCCAGAGUGUGGUGGAAUCCCGUCUUUAACUUCUUGGAGAGAAACGUUCAAGCCGUGGUUCCCGUCGAGUUCUCGUGGCCCAUAACUCUGCCCUCGUCCUGUCGACAGCGAUACAAGAUGGUGGAAGGAGGGCGGGACGAGUGAUGCGUCAAACAAACUCUUUAACCGAACGGAAACUACGGCGACGCUGCGAAACGAAAAAGUCUCCAACCGACAUUCAGAUUUUUGAGUUUUGACACAUUUGGAUCGAUUUACACAGCAGGAGAUGGUUUUAUUUUUAUUAUACACUUAAAGUUGCACUAUGUAACUUUUCUUGUGGUUGAUCAGUGACCUGCUCGUCCUCAUGGAGACGUUAUUGGAUUAUCAGGAAUGUUCCGCAGUACUAAUUUAAUUUAAACUACACGCGUCGUUAUGGUUAAAAAUCACCUGAAGAUCAUGCAUUCUUACAGUGAGCAGGCUCUCCUCUCCACUGAGCUGACUUGUGAUUUGGUUUGGUUGUGUUUGGUGGUCUAAACCGGGAUUAAACCGGGAUUAAACCAGGUCUAAACCAGGUCUAAACUGGGAUUAAACCGGGAUUGAACCAGGUCUAAACCGGGUCUAAACCAGGAUUAAAACCGGGACUUAAACCAAGACUAGACCAGGUCUAAACCAGGUUUAACAACAGGAGAUGGUUUUAUUUUUACUAUACACUUAAAGCUGCACUAUGUAACUUUUCUUGUGGUUGAUCUGCGACCUGCUCGUCCUCAUGGAGAUGUUAUUGGUUUAUCAGGAAUGUUCCGCAGUACUAACUUAAUUUAAACUGCACAUGUCGUUAUGGCUAAAAAUCACCUGACGAUCAUGCAUUCAUACAGUGAGCAGGCUCUCCCCUCCACUGAGCUGACUUGUAAUUUGGUUUGGUGAUGAGAUGGAUACGUUUAAUGCCAUACUGUGGGAGAGUGCUUAGUAAAAACAGACAGGUCCUCAACUGAAAAAGUUCCACAGUGUCCCUUUGGUUCUGUAGUUAAACUGCAAAACUGAAUUGAACCUUAUAAAAAUAAUGUUCUCGUCAAAUCAACACGUGUAAAUAUAUUUUUUUUGUAGAGCAACGACAAAAUAUAAAAACAUUCUUAUUUAAUGAAGGAUUUCUCAAAGGCAUUCUGAAGACGCUUACUGAACACAACGCUCAAGUGUUACUGAUCCCCCUACACAGACCUGAACAAACCAGGUCCAGACCAGGUCCAGACCAGGUCCAGACCAGGUCCAGACCAGGUCCAGACCAGGUCCAGACCAGGUCCAGACCAGGUCCAGACCAGGUCCAGAUGAGGUCCAGACGAGGUCCAGACGAGGUCCAGGCGAGAAACUUAAACCUGAGAAAAGUGUUUGGUUUAGUGAGACUUUGUGCAGCUCUCCAUCUGAGAUUAAUGGAAUAAAUCAGGUCUUAAACAGGACUAAACCAGGUGUCCAGACCGUGUCCAGACCAUGUCCAGACCAGGACUAGACCAGGACUAUCAGUUCCUGGAGGUUUUUGUUCUACUUGAACUCUCCUGUCAGUGCAUUUGGACAAGAAAUAACUGGUUUUACUUCAUGUUAAAAGAAAAAUCCUGCAUCUCCGCCUUUAAGAACUUGAAGCAGAACUGAGGGACUUUAAAGGAGCUGUACCUGAUUUUCACAGUUUUAAAGAACCUGAAAAACUGAACACAGCGAUGAGUUAAUAAGCGCUUUACACAACUAGCAUGCUAACCGCACACUUCCUGAUUAUCAAACAAAACACAGUCUUUUUAAUCAUUGACAGACAGAAAACAGCAGACAUAUUUGGACCUCGAGAGCCGCUUAUACAAUAUUUCUGUGCUUGGGGUAAGACACAUUAAUUAGAUUUUAUUUCCAGGAUAAUCUCUAAAAUCACCAGUUUUCAGUUUUUGUUGCACUGACAGAAGACACUCAACUUUUGUUUUGUUUUUGUUCAGGUGGAUAAGCUCAGAAAUUAAGACACAUUAAACAAAAUUAUGGUUAAAACAACUUAUUAAAACAUGGAACUUGAAGCUAGCUUGUGUCGUAUCUGAU